UGCACUUACCAGAACUUUUGUUAGUUAUAAACAACAAUUCAAAAUGGUAGAAAGAGAGCAAAUGUACAGCAUUCCAGUAAUCCCGUUCGAUUUACGACGGGAUGAAACGAUCAUGCAGUUUGCGGACUCAUUAGAUUAUCUCUCUGGAGUUUCAGAUGACGUUUUUGCAAGAGUGAACAACAGAGUCGCGGAUAACAAAAAGAAACUUGAUGCUUUGAUGGACAGAAUUAAAACCGCUGAAGCGCGAAUCGAAAAAGUCCGGGGAAGUAACCGAGCGACGCAGGUUUUUUCUAGUUCGAAAUACCCAGCGUCCGAAGAACGAGAGAGAUAUAUUUCAAUGUUCAAAGAUAUGCAAAGCUCAUUGAAGGAAGUCAAACAAAAUUAUCGAAAAAUAAAAACAAGGCAUUUAGCAUUUGAGGAUGAAAAUUUAAAAAACAAGAUGCAAAUUUACAAUCUCCCUCGACCGAGAACCAAAUCGGCUCCAUACGUCGAUCAAAGUGGGGAGGGACUUGGGGGAUUACCCUCAAAUAUUGCAUCCCUGAGUUCGCUAUUACUGUUCAACUCAUCCGAGAACCCGUAUAAGAAAUAUACCAUUUUCGAUCCUCUCGGUGUUACGACGAAAACCAAAACUGGUCUGGAUGAAGAGAAAGCAGAUGACAGUAGGCUCGGAGACGCACCAAUGUCAAUCAGCAAUAGAGAACAAAUGGAACGUCAUGUUGCAGAGAAUUAUUUUUACGUUCCAGAUUUGGGGGAUGUACCAGAAAUCGACGUUCCGAUGGAUUUGCCUGAUUUACCUGGUGUUGCGGAUUUAACGUUCAGUUCGGACGUGAGCGAGAGUAUUGCCCCCUCGUUACUCGCAAUUAGUAACUUACCAGAUUUACCAGGUGUCGGAGAUGCGUUACCUGAUGUUCCAGAUAGUGGCAGUAAAGAGGAAACUCCGCCUCCUCCCCCACCUCCAAGUUCAAAUCCGCCACCCCCACCUCCUCCCCCGUCUGUUCCAAACACAUCAGCGCCACCUGCUGGAGUCCCGCCUCCUCCCCCGCCCCCUCCACCACCACCCCCCUCUGCUCCGAGCGCAGUUCCGGAAUCUGUUGCUACUCCUGAUGGUGGGCGCUCUAAUUUACUCGACUCGAUCCGCAAAGCUGGCGGUGUCGGAAAAGUUAAACUGAAGAGUAGCAAAGACCGAAAGCUCGCUAAAAAGAAAGAAAAAGAAGCGAAAGCCGCUGCGAGCUCGUCAGGCGGUGGCGAUAUGAUGUCUGAUCUAGCAAGCCGUCUCGCUAUGAGACGAAAAGGGAUUUCGGGGACCAAUGAUAAUAAUAGUAACCUUGGAGGCGGUUCGGCGAUGGAGAAAAUAUCUGCGAUGAUUCCAGCGCCGACGCAAAGUCAAACCACUGAUGCUGGAGAUGACGAUGAUUGGAAUUAGAUGUGUUUUUUUGGUGGGUGGGAGGGGGGGAUUUACCCCCAAAAUUUUUGUUGGAAGUAACGAAAAUUGUGUUUUUUUAAAAUAAAUAGUAUGAAUAUAGAAUUUUCAGAAUGAUUUUUGCUCAAAUUACUUACGGUAAAAAAUGCGAAAUUCCUUCUUAUUGAAAAACAAUGACGCUCGAAUACAGAUGGCAACAUAAUCUAAGAUGAUUAUAAAAUUUAACGAAAUAUUAAAAUGAGAUUUCAAACAAAUCACUAUUUAUUUGUGUGCCAUGGAAGAGACCAAUUUAUUAGCAAUAAUUGAAGUUGAAAUUUUCCAUAGAAAUUCAAAAAUAUAUUUAGAUGACCAAGGUUUUUUUAUUAACAGUAUUAGAGAACGCUUGGUUAGGUCAUACAGUGGGAGUGUUUUCAGAAUCGCAUGCUUUUUGUCUUGAAUCUUUCUGUGAUAUAUCUAAAUAUGAGAUUCAUUUUGUGCAACUCUUAGAAGUCUCAAAUUCGAAACUGUAAAAUUUAAUUAUUUUUCUUUGUCUCUGAAGUCACAGCAAUUAAUUAGGAAUAAAAUAAUCCAAUGCCAAGAUAGUGCUCUAUUUCUCAAGCAUACCUAGAUUUAUUUUCGUUUUAAUAUAUUAUAUUGUGCAAUAUAUGUUAUAUCAACAUUAUUUUAUUCUUUGCUAAUAUGAACCAAUAUUGAGUCUGUUAUUUAUAAUGAUGCAUUCGUUGCCAGGAGUAUCCAAAAUUGAUUUGAAAUUAUUUAUAAUGGAUAUUUUAAAUUCUUGAUUUUAGUGGUUUUUCACAGGUUUUGCACUUUGUAGCAAGGUUUUCACUGAAAAGUCAUUCAGUGUUAGUAUAGUAUUUUGGUGGUCGUAAAUUUUUUAUUUCAACAGCAAUUUCAAGUCUCAGAAAUAUAAAAACCACUGGCAGGAAAAGUUGCAACUGGCCACUGAUAUGCUCUGAGCCAUACAAUUAGAAUUUUAUUUGUGACCGACUCGACACAGUGGGCCAUGGCCCACUUCUGGGCCACAAACAUUUUAAAAAUUACAAGAGUUAUCAAUAAAUUAGUUAAUUACAAAACUUUGAUUGUAGAAGCAAUGAAUGAUAAUCCUGUACUAAGCUACUAAAUGGUAAUUUGAAUUUUGGAAAUGGAAGUAUCUAAUUUUGCAAAAAGAAUUUUUUGUUUUCUCUUAGUUUUUUCCUUGCAUGAGAAAGUUAAUGGGCACAGAACAUUUUGGGCAACCGAAGUGGGCCACGAGAUAAAGAAGGUUAAGAACCACUAGACUAGAGAUAUCCGCAUAUCGUGGUGGUUCUUCUAUUAUUAUCUGCUCUCGUUCCGACUACUUUUCAACAGCUUUAAUUUCUAUUUGAUUUUUUUUUCUUAAUUAUUUAUUAUAUAUCGGUCUUGAUUUUGUAUUGUUAUUAAAUUACAUUGAUUCUA